UCGCUUUCUCCUCUUCCUCCUCCUACUAGGCUCGUUUGUUGUCUGUCGGCUCGUGGCUCAUUCGUACCUGUACCGCUCGGUCUCUUUUUACCCCACCCCUGCCCUCCUUGCCGACAGAUUCUCGCGCGACGACACCACGUCAACACAAACCACUAGUACUGUACCCGACCACAGACCAUGCCCUCCCCUCACGACGACACUGACUUUGACACUGACCACGAGCACGAGCACGAUGACGACCCCAACAUCGACCCCGCCCUCCGCCUCCGCACGGUCCGCACAGCCGCCAGCACCAUCGCAGAGUCCAUCCGCUACGAGCAGCGCCAGGAGAGACGCAAAUCCGUCAGGCGGAAACGUUCUCUCUUCUUUCGCAAGGACAAGGAGAAGAAACAUCAUGCCAAGGCCCCGCCGGAUGAGCCAGGAGCAGCGGCAGCAGCAGGGCAGAUAGCCGGCCAGCGGAGGAACGUCUACGUGAAUAUGCCCCUCGCUCAGGACGAGGUCGAUCGCCAUGGCGAGCCGAUCGUGCAGUAUCCGCGCAACAAAGUGCGCACGACACGGUACACACUACUCACAUUCGUGCCCAAGAACCUCCUCGAGCAAUUCUGCCGCAUUGCGAACAUCUACUUCCUCGCACUCAUCAUCUUCCAACUCUUCCCUAUCUUCGGCAGCGUCUCCCCACAAACAGCCGCCUUACCCCUCCUCUUCAUCAUCGUCGUCACAGGCAUCAAAGACGGCCUCGAAGACUUCCGCCGCGCGCAGGUCGACGAGGAGCUCAACACGUCCGCCGCCACGCACCUUGGCAACUGGCGCAACGUGAACCAGCCGCGCGACCCGCGCCCGUGGUACGAGCGCGCGCUCGGCCUCCACGCGCCCGGCAAGGUCACCCGCGGCGUGCGCAAGCUGCGCGAGAAGGAGGCAGGCGAGGCGGGGACGCGCGUGAUGCUCACCCGCGCGGGGGAGGGCGGGCCCGUGAGCGAGGAGCCGGAGAGCUUCUCGGACAGCUCGAUGAGCUUGCAUCACGGGACGCCCGGGCGCGGAGAUGGGAACGGGAACGGGAGGGUGCGCGGCCCGGGCGGGCGCCAUUUGGAGGACAUUCAGAGCGUGGACUCGCAUUCGUAUCCGCCGCCCGUUGUCGCUGCUGCUGCUGCUGCCGCUGCUGCAGCCGCGAACGGCAAGGGGCAUGUGCCCGACGGGUCUAUGUCGACUACGAUGUCGUCGGACGAACUCGGCCGGUGGGGCGCCGAUAACCCUUCGCUUUCGGCAUACGCGCAGAGCGUUGCGGCGCGGUCGAGCAUGGGCGUGCUUGACUGGAAGAAACACAUAUCCGGCUCGGCGCGGUGGGAGCGCACGUUGUGGAAGAAGCUCGAGGUCGGCGACGUUGUCCUGCUGCGCGACGGCGAGCAGAUCCCGGCCGACGUGGUUGUACUCAGCUGCAGCGACGCGGACGGGACGUGUUUCGUGGAGACGAAGAACCUGGAUGGGGAGACGAAUCUUAAGCCGAGGAAGGCACUGAGAGCCACGCAGGACGUGCAGAGCGAGGAGGAUGUCGAACGGUGCUCGUUUGUCUUGGACUCGGAGCCGCCGCAUCAGAAUCUCUACCUGUACAACGGCGUUUUGCGGUACCGGGACCUCUCUACCGGCGCCGAGAAGAAAGAAGGUGUGACGAUCAACGAGCUUCUCCUGCGCGGGUGCACGGUGCGCAACACGGCGUGGAUCAUUGGCCUCGUGGUCUUCACGGGCCCAGACACGAAGAUAUACCUCAACGGCGGGCUGACGCCGAGCAAGCGGAGCAAGAUCGAGAAGGAGACGAACUACAAUGUCGUCGUCAACUUUGUCCUGCUGGUCAUUAUGUGUACGGUCUCGGCGGUCAUCAAUGGCGUUUGGGACGGCGCGACAGCGACGAGUGUCAACAUAUACGAGCAGGGGGUAAAUCCCACGGACUCGGCGGUGUUGAAUGCGCUGGUCACGUUUGUCUCCUGCCUCAUCGCCUUCCAGAACAUCGUCCCCGUCUCGCUCUUCAUCUCGAUCGAGAUCGUCAAGACGAUCCAGGCGUAUUUCAUCGGGCAGGACAUGGACAUGUACUCGUCCGAGUUCGACGCCGCGUGCGUGCCCAAGAACUGGGGCAUCUCGGACGACCUUGGCCAGAUCGAGUAUAUCUUCUCCGAUAAGACCGGCACGCUCACGCAGAACGUGAUGGAGUUCCAGAAGUGUUCCAUCGCCGGCACCGUCUACGGCGAGGGCGUCACCGAGGCGCAGCGCGGCGCCGCCCAGCGCCAGGGGCGCGCGAACGACCCGAGCAUGGACCCCGAGGAGAUGGGGAGGCGGCUGGUCCAGCUCAAGGACGAGAUGGUGACGGGUCUCAGGAAGGCGUUCAAGAACCGGUACAUGCAGCCCGACAGGCUCACGCUCGUCGCGCCGCAGCUCGCGGACGACAUCGCGGACCGCAGCAGCGCCCGCGCCCAGGCGAUCAUCGCGUUCUUCCGCGCGCUCGCGCUGUGCCACAGUGUGCUCGCGGAGCGGCCCGAGCCGAAGGAGGAGCCGAAUAGGCUCGAGUACAAGGCGGAGAGCCCGGACGAGGCGGCGCUCGUCGCGGCCGCGCGGGACGUGGGCUUCCCGUUCGUGGGGAAGAGCAAGGACGCGCUGGACAUCGAGGUGCUGGGGCAGGCGGAACGCUAUACGCACUUGAAGACGCUCGAGUUCUCGAGCGCGCGCAAGCGGAUGAGCGUCGUCGUGCGCUGCCCGGACGGACGCCUUGUGCUGUACUGCAAGGGCGCGGACAGCGUUAUCUACGAGCGGCUCGCGGCGGACGCGGACGAGGCGCUUAAGGUGCAGACGAGCAAGGAUAUGGACGCGUUUGCGAAUGGAGGGUUGAGGACGCUGUGUAUUGCGUAUAGGGUGCUCGGCGAGGAGGAGUUUCUCUCGUGGUCGAGGGCAUACGAUGCGGCGGCGGCGGCGGUGGAGAAUAGGGACGAGGAGAUGGAGAAGGCGGCGGCGGUUAUUGAGAGGGACCUGCAUAUUCUGGGCGCGACGGCGCUGGAGGAUAAGCUGCAGGUGGGCGUGCCAGAGGCGAUUGAGACGUUGCACAGGGCGGGAAUCAAGCUGUGGAUUUUGACCGGUGAUAAACUCCAGACGGCUAUCGAAAUUGGCUUCUCAUGCAACCUCCUCAAGCCCGACAUGGAGAUCAUGAUCCUCUCCGCUGAUAACGCCGACGCAGCGCGCGCGCAGAUCGAGGCAGCCCUCAACAAGAUGGCGUCCGUGCUUGGCCCACCGUCGUUCGACGCCAAGCAUCGCGGAUUCGUCCCCGGCGCACAGGCCGCGUUCGCGACGGUCAUCGAUGGCGACACCCUCCGGUACGCUUUGGAGCCGGCGCUCAAGCCACUCUUUUUGGCGCUCGGCACGCAGUGCGAGACCGUAGUGUGCUGCCGUGUAUCGCCCGCGCAGAAGGCGCUCACGGUGAAGCUCGUGAAGGAGGGGCGCAAGGCGAUGACGCUGUCCAUCGGGGACGGGGCGAACGACGUCGCGAUGAUUCAGGAGGCCAACGUUGGGUGCGGGCUGCUCGGGCACGAGGGCUCGCAGGCGGCGAUGUCGGCGGAUUAUGCGUUUGGCCAGUUUAGGUUCUUGACGAGGCUGUUGCUUGUGCAUGGGCGGUGGAGUUAUCAGCGGAUCGCGGAUUUGCAUACUAAUUUCUUUUACAAGACUGUUAUGUGGACGUUCGCGAUGUUCUGGUUCCUUCCGUUCUGCUACUUCGACGCAACCUAUCUAUACGACUACAGCUUCAUCCUUCUGUAUAACCUUCUCUUCACGUCUUUACCCGUCAUCGUCCUCGGAGCCUUUGACCAAGACGUGAACGCCAAAGCCGCGCUGGCCUUCCCACAGCUCUACGUGCGCGGCAUCCGCGGGCUCGAGUACACGCGUGCCAAGUUCUGGAUGUACAUGUUUGACGGGCUGUACCAGUCCGCGAUCGUCUUUUUCAUCCCGUACCUCGUCUGGACGCUCGAUCUCGGCACCGGACCUGGUGCCGUCUCGUGGAACGGGCGGGACAUCCAAUCGCUGACGGACUUCGGAACAACGGUGGCGAUUACGGCGGUGCUUACGGCGAAUUGCUAUGUUGGGAUGAACACGAACUACUGGACGUUUAUUACUUGGAUCGUCAUCAUCUGCUCGUCGCUAGUUAUGAUGGUCUGGGUCGUUGUUUAUUCGUUCUUGCCCCCGGACAACUUCUUCUCGGAGACGGGCGCAUUCGUGGACGAGGUGCAGAAUCUGUUUAGCAACGUUACGUUUUGGUCGACAGUGGUUUUCUCGACAUUGGUUGCCCUCGCACCUCGCUUCAUCAUCAAAUUCGUCGUAUCCGGGUACAUGCCGCUGGACAAGGACAUUGUCCGAGAAGCAUGGGUGGGCGGCGACCUCAAGGACCAACUCGGCAUCGCCCACCGCAAAGCGUCCAAGAACAAGACUCGUGCCGACCUCGAGCAAGCGCCCAUGUUCUCACGCCCGCACGCGCGCUCGGCCUCGGAGGCAACGUUGCAGCAGGCGUACGAACCCACGCGAACGACUGAUAGCCUCGACUACGUCAAGCCACAGCGAACCGCGAUGCCUAGCACAGUCCCGAGUACGGCGGGCAUGUACGAUGAAGAUGACCACCUCGCACCUCCACCUAUGACGCCGCACUCAGGGCUCUCUCCUGGCAGCCCUGGCUCAGGGAGAGGGUACGUGUCGCCUGCGUCGCCUAACCCAUCUUAUUACUCCGCAUCGGCGAUCCCGUCACCAAGUCCAGUGCCCCCGGCGCUCUACAAGUAUCCAAGUGGAGAGGUGACUGGGAGCAGGGUACCGCUGAGAAGUCCAGGGGCACGUUCGCCGAGUGUGUCACCAAACCCAGAGUCGAGGACGACGAGCCCUGGGUAUCGAGAUGCACCGAAUUUGGGACAAGGACAUAGGCCAAGGGAGGAGUCAUACGAGAUGCAGGUCAGGCAUUCGCCGUAUGGGGGGUUGUCGCCCUACCCGUCGUUCUCGCCGAGUCCUUCGGGUUCACCGUCGGGAUCGCCCCGGAUACUGCCGCAGCAGGUGCUGCAGCCUCAGCAAACCUAUUCACAACAGCAAUCGCCAUACCCACCACAGACUCACCAGCCAUAUCCACAUCAACUGCAGCCACAGCAACAGCAGUGGGGAGACGGGAGCAGUCUCGCGCCGUCAUACCACUCGCACGUGUCGCCGAUGCACUCGCCGCCUCACCAGCCUCUCCAGCAGCUCUCCCCGCACUCGCACUCGAAUCCGCCAUCAAGACAAAACUCGGGUGACCGGGGACUGAUGCCCGAACCUGAGGACCCGCGGCCAGAAAGCGCGAUGUCGUGGAACGGCGGGAUGGCUCUGUAGGCGGUGCGAGAAGGACUAGAAACCCAGAAAAGGCUGUUGUUGUAUUUGUACCUCUACGACCAUCUUUUUUAUUAUUAUGUUGAAUACUUCAACCUUUCGUUUCGUUUCGUUUCGAACUUCUGUGUUAUUUUUGGAUUGCAACAGAUACCUAUUCGUCUCUAUCCCUCUCUAUAGCUAUAUGUGGAUUCCCACUCGCGCAACCUAGUCACCGUAGACCCCGCCCGCCCGCUUUCUCCUUCCUCUCUAGUCGGAUCGGAAGAACUGUUCUCUAUCUAUGUUUUGUUUCUAGCUGCAUGU